GACAAUGCAUCCGGACUCUGACAGCACCGAGCAGGACUACAGCAGCUCCUCGUGCUCCAGCACCCCACAGGAUUGUUCAGAUGAUACGAGAAAACUUCAAAGACGAGAGAAGAAUCGUAUUGCUGCACAAAAGAGCCGCUUGAGACAGACUGAGAAAGCAGAUUUACUACACAUUGAGAGUGAGAGUCUGGAGGGGAAGAACACUGCACUUCACAGAGAGAUCCGUGUGCUUCGUGAGGAAAUCAGAUACCUCACGUGCGUACUGAACAGCCAUAUGCCGGCCUGUGUCCUUGCAGAGCCUAAACCUGCUUCCUUCCAGCCCCACGUCAGCUCAUCACGAUACCCGGACUGAACCAAGAGGAAAACACUGUAUUUCACACACUCACUGUAACAUGCAUUUAAAAACCAGCGACAAGACUUGUGUAACUGAGAGGGAUAUUCUGCACAUGCUAAUUGUAACUUGUUUAUCUGGCAUAAAAAUAUGGCACUUUCUAACCGUAACAUGCGUGUAAAGGUCACAAACAUGCUACACCUUAACAUGCGUGUUACUUACAGGGAUAUACUGACUGUACUUGUGUAACUGUGAAGGAAAUAUGGCACGUGCUAACUGUAACAUGUGUGUUACUUACAGGGAUAUACUGCAUAUACUGACUGUACUUGUGUUACUGUGAGGGAAAUAUGGCACGUGCUAACUGUAACAUGUGUGUUACUUACAGGGAUAUACUGCACAUACUGACUGUACUUGUGUUACUGUGAGGGAAAUAUGGCACGUGCUAACUGUAACAUGUGUGUUACUUACAGGGAUAUACUGCACAUACUGACUGUACUUGUGUUACUGUGAGGGAAAUAUGGCACGUGCUAACUGUAACAUGCCUGUAAUGAUCACAAACAUGCUACACAUUAACAUGCGUCUAACUUACGGGGAUAUACUGCACAUACUGACUGUACUUGUGUUACUGUGAGGGAAAUAUGGCACGUGCUAACUGUAACAUGCGUGUAAUGAUCACAAACAUGCUACACAUUAACAUGCGUCUAACUUACAGGGAUAUACUGCAUAUACUGACUGUACUUGUGUAACUGUGAAGGAAAUAUGGCACGUGCUAACUGUAACAUGUGUGUUACGUACAGGGAUAUACUGCACAUACUGACUGUACUUGUGUAACUGUGAAGGAAAUAUGGCACGUGCUAACUGUAACAUGCCUGUAAUGAUCACAAACAUGCUACACAUUAACAUGCGUGUUACUUACGGGGAUAUACUGCAUAUACUGACUGUACUUGUGUAACUGUGAAGGAAAUAUGGCACGUGCUAACUGUAACAUGCGUCUAACUUACGGGGAUAUACUGCACAUACUGACUGUACUUGUGUAACUGUGAAGGAAAUAUGGCACGUGCUAACUGUAACAUGCGUCUAACUUACGGGGAUAUACUGCACAUACUGACUGUACUUGUGUAACUGUGAGGGAAAUAUGGCACGUGCUAACUGUAUGUUAUGUUUUUUUGUUUUAGAAGUACUUUGUUUUAUUUAGAUAAGUUGCAAGAAAUGUAUCUUACAAGGAUAUUGUUAAAUCUUGUAUUAAUGAACAUUGUAUUAUAGCACAAUUUGAAUGUAUUUAAAAAUGAAAUGUGUUCUGACAUUUGAUCCAGAGGGAUAUUUGCCCUUAUUACUAAAAUCAGAUGUGGAGACUAAUCAACGUCACAAGAAAUAAACCAAUCACAGCAGCUGAGGAUCUUUAUAAGGAAGCUAUAUCCACCUGAAAAUGACCUCUUUGGAAAAGCCCUUGUGGGGGGAACGUGCGUUGGAGCUGAUCAUCAUUUAGGACACAUCAUGGAAGGCGGAACCCUCUGAAUGCAACGGAACUAACUCUGAUCCUAGAUUAGCUGGGAACAGUCCUUCAGCUGUACAUCAUACACCUGUACUGUUUUACUCCAGUGUGCUUAUGCAAUGUCCUAUAUCUGAUGUUUUUAUUUAUGUUUUAAAUAAAUAUUUACCUGCA